AUGGAGGAGGUCUCUUCUUCCUCUUCCGAGGUCAAAGCAAUUCCCUUGCCGCCGCAGCAUCAAGUUUUUGUAAAUUUCAGAGGAGAAGAGUUACGGAACAACUUCGUUAGCCAUCUCAGAAGUACAUUUGAGAGGCAUGGGGUCAACAUCUUCAUAGACACGAAUGAGGAAAGGGGCAAACAUUUAAAUGUGCUUUUCGAGAGAAUUGAAGAUUCGAGGAUUGCUUUGGCUAUUUUUUCCGUAAGGUACAGCGAGUCGCAAUGGUGCUUGAACGAGCUGCUGAAGAUGAAGGAGUGUAUGGACAAUGGGAAACUCCUCAUCAUUCCCAUCUUCUACAAGGUUACAGCAGCUGACGUUCGGUAUCAAAAGGGACUAUUCGGUUAUUUUUUCAAACAAAUGCACCAUGUUGAUGUUCGCAAGAAAAACCAGUGGUCUGAAGCUUUGAACUCUGUUGCAGACCGGUUCGGCUUCCCCUUCGAUGGAAAGAGAUUAUGGAUUUUGAAGGAUUUGGAGGCUGAGGAGAACAAUUAUGGUUCAGGCGUUGCCAGUUUCGUCGUGAUUGUCUCCGGCAGUGUUCUUACUCUCGUUUCUGAGUCGGGUUGCAACAAUGCCAGACAACUAUUUCCCCCCUUCGCCGUUUGUUUAGACAUCGGCGUCAAACUCGUCGUGAUGGUUAAGUUCGGUAAUACUUAG